AAAUGGUCUCCAGAUUGCCGGCAAUAUCGUGGUAUUCCCGCCCGUUCCAGUGUGGACAAAGGUCGCAAGCAAACGUUGGCAUGUCCUGGAAGCAAUAUCACGCGUAAAGUCGAGGACACAGCAAUUUUCAGACGGGAACUCGACGAUAAAGAGACGAUGAAAGCGAAGGGGCCCCGCAGUAUGAGGUGAUCUGCGCGGACUGACUGCGCGUGUUGAGGAAGAGAUGACCUGGCGGUGCCGCGCUCUUACCACUGUUUACUAAAGCGUCGCCCUGCAUCUCAAAAACAUCACUCCCUCCUCGUGCCUGGCCAUGAAGACUCCUGCUAACGCUGCUAAACGCAUAAAGUGUCUUCCUUCCCGCGGCGAGGAUGACGAGGACCGCAAGCCGUGCCCCAUGUCGCCCCCGAACGUGGCCUGGGCGCUGUGGCUCAAGCUGCGAGCCAUACUUUCCCAGGUGGCCGUGGAGCCGGUGAUGCUGCUGGACGGCCUCGCCUACUCCAUCAUGAUUGUGUACGUGGAAAACCUCCAGAUGGACAAGAUCUGCUUGGUGAACCUCAACCUGACACAGGAGGUGUGCAGCAACCUCUCCAACCACCCAGAUGAAAACAUUGCCAUGCAGCAGUACUUUAGCGUGUUUGGCAUGUACAACGGCAUAAUAAUGGCCUUCCUGCCGUUGUUUUUUAUAUUAUUUAUGGGCGCCUGGAGCGACAAGUAUGGCAGAAAGGUGCCCCUCUACAUAGCCACCCUUGGCCACUUCUGCUGGGCCGCCGGCUACCUCGUUAACUCGUGGGUCAGUCACUGGCCCGUCGAGUACAUCUUGGUGGCGGCCCUUAUGGACUCCCUCGGCGGCGGCACCGUGUCCUUCCUCACCGCUGCCAACGCGUACAUCAGUGACGUCACCUCAGAGGAGUCUCGAACCACAAGAGUCGGACUCGCCAAUAGUAUAUGGUUCCUAGGCGGCCCCAUUGGUACGUUGCUUGGUACCUACAUAUACAUGUACGGCGGCUACCAAAUCCUGUUUGGCACUGCGGUGGUCCUGCACUGCAUCUCCCUCACCUACCUGUUCUUCCUGCCGGAGAGUCACGGACCCUUCGCUAAGCACAAGUCAAAGAAGAGCCAAGAUCAGAGUGAUGAGGCGCAACAAAUUCGUUUGUCCUUCAAGAAGCCCAGCGAGAUUGCAGAAGAUUCAAGCAAAAUAUCGAUCUGGAGAAUGUUCUUGGACUUCUUCAACUACGAGAGAAUUGUAGACUCAUUCCGUUGCACCUUCAAGCCCAGAGGUGGAUUCGUGAGGGUCUUCAUCCUGCUCCUCAUUCUGUGCAAUCUUCUUCGUAAGCUGGGAAGAGGCGCCUACAUGUACCUGUUCACCCGCAAGGUCUUGGACUGGAGGGAGACUGACUACGGCCUCUGGGUCACCUACAAGAACCUCAUCGCUGCCCUCGGCUCCCUUGCUGCUGUCCCACUCCUCUCCCAAGUUCUCAAGGUCUCCGACAAUUACCUUGCUCUGUUGGGCGCCUUCUCCUCCGUCGCUGACUACACCUUGUACGGCCUCGUCUCAGAGAGCUCAGAGUUCCUCGUGUGGAUAGCCCCCGCCGCAGCACUCCUCGUCAAUUCCUGCGUCAUUGCCAUUCGCUCUAUCCUCUCCAAAUUUGUAACCGGCGACGAGUUGGGCAAAGUGUCGGCCGUCAUGGGGGCUCUGGACGGUGUGAUGCCGAUGAUUAGUUUCUCGCUCUACACCGCCAUCUACCACGCCACCGUCAAGGAAUACCCGGGCACUCAGUUCUUCUUCGGUGCCGCCGGCAACCUUCUCAUGACCCUCAUAUUCAUCUUCAUCAUCGUGUUCAACACCUCGCGCAGCUACAACAUCGAAGACCUCACUUCCGUGGAAGGCUGCGACACGGUCAAGCCCACCUCACUAAGAUUCUUCAGCGAGCGUCUCAAUAACCAUCUUCGUCCAGGCGUGAACUCCUUCGAGGAUAACGACGGCGCUGACGCACAGCGAACCACCAUCGUCCUUUCCGGCGUCAACUUCCACCUGGGAACUCCCAUCAACAGGAAGAAAAAACUCACUCCCACCAGGAGUCAGACGUUGUCUGUUCUCAGCACUGUCUCAGAAAUGUCAGCAACAGAGAGAGCUCGUAUCCAAGAAGAAAUUACAAAUCCUCGAAAGUAUGUUGACAUGAAAGCGGCCUCUGUGAGUAAGGAAUCCGCAGGCAUUGACAACGCCGCCUACGUAAGCUCAGAAGAUGACGCUAGCGGCACAGCCACGGUAGCAGAGGUGACUCAAAGUUCGGAAAAAGCUGCGGCAAGAGUUGAAUGAAAAUAUUUUAGUAGAAAAGAUCAAAGUUGUUUAGGGCGUAAUUUCCUUGUUGCUUCGAUACAAAUUCUAGUGACUAUGCCAGCCCGGACCCCAGGCCGGCCAGGGUCCGCGGAGAAUACUGUGAUAAUUCCUCUCCUGAAGCAGUACGUUGUAGCACUGCUCCCGUAUGCCAGUACCCGCCCUUCAUACUCAUGAUGGAGAAUGCGAAAUGGUUUCAUGCUGUCAUCGGUGCGGGAGAGGGAGGUUGACAGCUCGAAUGAUUAACAAGGGUAUCGUGUUAAGCUUAAUGACGUUGUGUCGUUCCUAGCUACUUAAGGAUGUAAAAGAAAACGUUUUUUAUUGUACAUAACUGUAGAAGAAAACAGACACCAAAACUAACUGGCCCAGCAAGUCUGAGUCAGUGAUUAUUUGUACAAGCAUAUUGCUGUGGCCGCGGACUGUGCGGUGCUUCCCUGCGCCUCCCGUAGCGCGCUGGAGGGCCAAGACAGGAGCUGACGGACAUGAGCCGUAAACCCUUAUUGUCCUGCAUUAGAUAUAAUGCACAUGAAUAUUACUUUUAAUGUUAGACAUUAUUUAAAAUGUGUACUUAAGAUUUUUUAGAAUAAGGUCAGACAUUAUUUUGACGAUCGUUUUUACAGUAACAUAAAUAAUUCCAAUAUCGCAGUAGUAAUUGAGUUAGGUGGUACAAAAUUCGUCAAAUAAUGAGAGGAAGCAUUGUCAGGUGACGAGCUCCUGGAGCGUGACGCUGAGCCUCCUCGGGUUGCCCGGACCAACCCCUGCAGGAGUCUGGCCUUACCUAGCGUUAGCAUGAUGGUGUGUGUGUGUGUGUGUGUGUGUGUGUGUGUGUGUGUGUGUGUGUGUGUGUGUGUGUGCAUUUGUAUUUGUACGUAUUGGUAUUCAUAACAUUCCCUUUUCAUUCAUUUCACAUUCUUAGAACGUUUGUAUCGCAUUUAGAAAAGAUAUCUAUAUGAAUGAGGAAAGCUGUAACAAAACCGUGGGAACACAACGUGAGUUUCUGUUUUUGUAUAUGAGUUGCUUGUCUUCGCCAGUGAGCGGUGAAUGUUUGUUAGUCAGAGGCAAAGUAGUGGUCGUUGACUUCCUUGGGGACGCUUGAGCAGGGCCGUUCAGAGGCCUCGCUCACGCGUCGCUGUUUUCUUAUCUUCCAUUAACAAAAAAAAUCUGUCCCACUAGACCUACACUUUUUAGGCAUUAAUGAUGUUUCCUUGGUGGCUGAGCACGCCGGCCGCCGCGGUGGUGCUGUGCCUGGCGCCUAUGACUGAACCAAACCACCACGCCAAAGUCUAGUCAUAGACCUGACCCUUCAUCACCUCAGUGUGUCUCGUCACGGGGAGCCGCAGUGCAGCCUCCCGCGGGAGAACGGGUUGCAGCCCCUCCGUCAGAGUGAUGUGUAUCUUGUAGGUGUAAACUAUGUAUUAUACUUUAACUUAGCUGCUUUUGUUGUCGCGUCGUUUAGCUGUGUACUGAAGGUGCAUAAUAAAAAAAAAAACCAGUUGACGGUGUUGUCUGUCUCUUUC